AUGAACACUUCUUCUUCUUCGCCGUCGUUGUCUUCGGAAGGAUCACUCCUACCGCCCGGAGUGCCGCCGACAUCUUCAUCAACUGAAAAAUACCAUCAAAAAAGAAGAUCACCACCUUCCAGUAUCAAUUCGCGAAUAUUUGAGGAUGAAAGAGUUUCCGAUAAUAUCAUUCCGAUUGUGCAAAUUGUGGUUCCUCAUUCCGAUCUGGAUGGGAUUGUUCGUGGUAGUGGUAGCACUUUGAAUGGAGGUGGUCUUGCUUCAAAGAGUAAUUCAUCAGCGACGACCACUCCAUCCUCAAGAUAUUCUCUCACAAGAGUCUCCUCCUUUACGAAUAGAUCUUUCAAAGAUCUAAAAGAAGUGCCAACCGAUUUACUGCCGAAAAUUGUUGAGGUUUCCUCUCGAUCUCCAACACCUGUAUCUUCCGUGUCACCUCCUCGUUCGUAUACCUCUUCUCCUACGCCAGUUUUGCCUUCAAGUGUAACAUCAAAUCUCCUUCCUUCUCCAAUUUCUCGUCCGUCCUUCAUGAAAAAAUCUUCGUCAAGCACGAAUGUAAUUUCAAAUCAAUCCUCAAUUCCUAAAACCCAAAAACAGCCACCGAAUACAUUUAUUACUGAAGUGGACGUCAAGAAAGAGGAUAUUCAAAUUGAAAUUGAAGAUAUUGAUUAUAGACUUGAUUUGUUGCCUCACUGGUUAUUCAACUCAAACCAUCAGUCCAUCGAGGAGUGCAAAUUUCCCCAAGAUUUUUCCACUACUUGUAAAUUUCCCAGAAAAAAACCACUCCACCCUUCUUUUGUGAUCAAACAAGUUUUGAAUAUCUAUUUUCCCUCGUUUUUGUCAGAUCAUGCUCCAUCACAAUCAAAAAUUCUUGUCAAUCAAGUAUUGUUAUCGGAACAAAAUCAAAAUAUUCUUUUAGAUGCCUUUUGGUGGUUUUAUGUGACACUCUAUGGAAAUCAGUACUUGAUUUCAAAAAGUACCGAAUACUAUUCCACAAAGUUGGAUAUUUGUUUGGAAAAGAUGAACCAUAGCAAAGACUUUUUUCUUCGAAUGCAAAAAUCUAAAUUCUAUCAAGAGAAGGCACGAGAAUGGUCACAACGAAGAUUUGAAGCCUUAACACAAGAAUUUAUUCAAGUUGAGAAUAGAAUUGCCAAUAACUACGCAGAAAUGGUGGUAAAAUUUAUUGCAGCACGUCAAUUCGAAUCUAAGCACAAUGUUUCCUAUGGUUUUGACGAAAUGUACAUUGAAGUCAUGUCGAAGUCGGUAUUUAUGGCCUUUGGAUAUAACUUUCCUGAUAGUGCCGAGCAAUUUGAAACUGUUGAAUUUCAACGCAAAAUCGUAACACAAUUUCAAAUAUGGAGCCUUGGGUUGGACUCGAUUCGACAACCUUGCUUGGACACUGUUUGGAAAUACAAAGUAGAGCUGAAAUUACCAACUUCUUCAUCAGAAGAGAGCAAGUUAACUGCGAAACAAAAGUUUCAAAAAGCUGUUUUAUCUAUUUGUACAGGAGUGAAAUCAAAAACAAGAGUUAAAAAGCAAACAGAGGAAUUGAAUGAUGUUCUAUCAAAAAUUGAAGAGACAGUCUAUUCACCUCAUUAUAAUCUUUUCGAAGUGUUUCAUGAAGAGGAAAUGAAUUUUAUUGAUCUUGUUAAGGCCAACAGGAAAGAACAAAUUGCUAUGGCCUAUUCAAAAGGAGUCAAUCUCACCGCUCAAGAAUUAGAUCAAAUUAUUGAAUACGAUGAACGCGACGAAGAGUUGCUUUUCGAAUUGAAAAUCUUGCGAGAGGAGAAAAAAAAGCACGAAAAGAAUCAUUCACCCAAAUCUUAUGACAUUAAGAGAGUUGCACAAGUACGAAAGAAAGCAUGGUAUGAAAUUGGAGAAGGUGACAAUGUUACACUCAAAUCCACCACACGUAAAGAAUGUAAACAUUUGGGUGUAUUCAAAGCUUAUUCCCACAGUAAGAAAUCGAGCCCUCUCGUUUCUCAAUAUGUCUCUCUGUUGAGAGAAACGAAUUCCCUUCAAAGACAAGCCGAACGCUUUGAGAAGAGAAAAGCAAUGCGACGAGACUACAUGAAAAAUCAUUCUCAUCAAACAACCUCGAAGGAAAAUGCGUCUCGAAACAACAGCUUGGACGAGAGCAAUGUAUUAACAGGUUCCUAUUCAUCAUUGUUGAAACCUGAUAAGAGUAUUCACAAAUUGUUUUCAGAAGUGUUGUAG